GCCUCGGGCGCUUUGGUUCCAAGUGACCAAGUCACGGUUCCCGCCCGCAGCGACGGCGGAGCUCCCACGGCCUCGAGCAGGAUCCUGAAGGUCUAUCAUGGGAAGGAUGAAAACUCACUUGAAUGCCUUCAGAGGUCUGCAGGGAAAGUUGCCUUGAAGCCAAGUAAAGCAGAGGAGGGGAAGAAGAAGGCUGUCUUUGGUUAAUAUUAAAAUUGCAAGCUUGUAUCUUGCUGGAUAUUGGAAAUUGAAUGUAAUGGCAGCAGAAUUUGUAAAGAGUUGUUGUAGAGGAUGUUUCUAUGGUGAAAAGGAAAAACACAAUUUUUCCAUGGAAAGAGACUUUAAAGCAACAGUCUCAAAUGGUCAGAGUACUACUAUCUGUAUUCCUCCACUGACUUCUGUUUCUAUAAAGCCUCAGGUUGGCUGUACUGAGGAUUAUUUACUUUCCAAAUUACCAUCAAAUGGUAAGGAAGUACCAUUUGUGGUGCCCAGGUUUAAGUUAUCUUACAUCCAGCCCAGGACACAAGGAACCCCUUCACAUCUGGAAGAACUUGAAGGAUCUGCCAGAGCAUCUUUUGGAGAUCGAAAGGCAGAGCUUUCCAGUUCAUCCCAGCAUGGGCCCAGCUAUGAUGUGUAUAACCCAUUCUAUAUAUACCAGCAUGCUUCACCUGAUUUGAAUCGGCGCCUUUCUCCUCAUGCAGGAACAAUGAGAUUAUAUGGGUCAGUUUGUGAUUUAAGGGCCAGCAAACUUCCCAGCUCCCCCGGGCUAAGCAAGUCUAUGUUUGAUCUUACAAGUUCAUCUCAGCGGUUCGUCCAGAGACAUGAUUCAUUGUCCAGUGUGCCCAGUAGUUCUUCCUCAAGGAAAAAUUCUCAGGGGAGUAACAGAAGCCUUGACACAAUUACUCUAUCAGGAGAUGAAAGAGAUUUGGGGAGACUGAAUGUGAAAGUGUUUUAUAAUUCUUCAGCAGAGCAAAUCUGGAUCACGCUUUUACAGUGCAGAGAUUUAACUUGGCCGUCCAGUUAUGGAGAGAAUCCUACUAUUUCUAUAAAAGGAAUGCUAACAUUGCCCAAAACAGUGAAUUUUAAAUCUUCAGCCAAGGAAGGCUCCAGUGUAUGCCACGCGGAACUUGAGUUGGGGACCUGUUUUCAAGCAGUAAAUAGCAGGAUUCAGCUACAAAUUCUUGAGGCACAAUACCUUCCAACUUCAUCAAAACCUCUGACUUUGAGUUUUUUUGUGAAAGUGGCAAUGUUUAGCUCAGGUGAGUUGAUUUAUAAGAAGAAGACUCGCUUACUGAAGGCCUCCAGUGGAAGAGUGAAGUGGGGAGAGACUAUCAUUUUUCCAUUUACACAGAGUGAAAAAGAAAUUGUUUUUCUCAUUAAACUUUAUAGCCGAAGCUCUGUAAGAAGAAAACAGUUUGUGGGUCAGAUUUGGAUAAGUGAGCACAGUAAUAACAUUGAAGCAGUCAACCAGUGGAAAGAAACAAUUACAAAUCCAGAAAACAUUGUUAUCAGGUGGCACAAAUUAAAUCCAUCUUGAAGACUUCACACGUUAAUUUGGUGAAGACAUGGCUUUCUUUGAGAAGACUUACGAUUUCAGUUUGUUACCAAUGAGAAGGGGCAAGUCAAUACAUUUGUCAAUUCAUUUGUUGAUACUAUAAUUGUAGUCUGCAAUGCAUCUGAUAGAAGAUUAAACUUGAUAAAAAAAAAAGUUGGGAGAUCCAAGGUAAAAAAAAAAACUGCAAAAAUAAUAAAAGGUAGUAUUAGUAGGGCAAUUAAGUAAGUUAUAAAAUUAAUGAGUAUAUCAACCAUAGAUAGUUUAUUGCGAUAUUGUGGGUUUUUGUGAGUUUUACCUAGAUUUUCAAAAGCUAAUAUACUUACUCUCUGUUACUACUGUCAGACAUUUAGAAGACUUUACUAUUGACUGUUUCAGUGCUGGUCAGUAUUGAGUAGAAAAUUUAACCACUACAAUUCCUUUAUAUUUGGGAAAAAUUUAUGCCCAGUAACUAUCAUUUCUUACACAUAAAGCAUCACAUGGCACUUUGUAAGUUAUUUACCACCAAGAAACCUCAAAAAUAGAAAUCUGCAUUUUGGCAAGAAUAGAUGAAGAUACCAGAAUGUUGAAGUUUAAUUGACUCAAUUUCACUGUUUUCUUCCCUCAAAUAUUUCAUUUCUUGUUUCAUUUGGAUUUGAAAUAACAUCAGCC